GGAGAGACUUGAGAGAAAACAUAAUUCGAAAGAUCAAGAGUUUUCUUCUUUCUUUGAUUCCAGUUCAUCAUCGAUAUUUUAUCAAAACGUUGGACUUUCAUCGAUCCAUUUGCUAUCGUCAAUCUGAUAUCGAUACAGCCAAGACCCAUAACUUUUUGGAUUAAUCCAUUUCCAUACACAGUUUAGUCUGUGAAAGGUUCAUUAACCGACCAUCCUUCAUUGGCUGAUCUAUUGGAUCUAUUCCUAAUUUCACAAUGUCGAGUCAAGACCAGCAGCAGCAGCAACAAACUGCACAACCUCAGACUUCGACCGCCUCGAGUUCCAAUGCAGAAACGACCUCCACAGUAACUCCAUCAAUCCAGCAAAACGUUGUAUCUGAUGAUAGUUUACUCUGUCAAUGGGAGAAAUGUUCUGAGAGAUGUCCCACUCCAGAAUCUUUAUUUGAACACAUCUGCGAGAAACAUGUCGGCAGAAAGAGUACCAAUAACUUGAACCUCACCUGCGGCUGGAAUUCAUGCCGUACUACUACCGUCAAACGCGACCAUAUUACAUCUCAUAUUCGUGUGCAUGUUCCACUCAAACCCCACAAAUGUGAAUUCUGUGGAAAAGCAUUCAAGCGUCCUCAGGACUUGAAGAAACAUGUCAAGACCCAUGCCGAUGAUUCCGUUUUAUUGAGAUCCCCAGAACAGCCCGGUGGCCCAAACGGAGGAUAUAGACAACCAGGUGGUAAAGUAAUUGCUAAUUUGCAGCACCUCGCAGCAAACCCCAUGGGCUAUUAUGACCACAAUGCUUCCAUGCACCCUGGUUCUGCCGGUCUUUAUGGCAAUUCGCAUCAUGGUGGACACAGUGGAUAUUAUGCACCCGCUCAUCCUCCACCAUCUUCAUAUGGCGGAGGCCCAGGUUAUUACCAAAUGUCUCACAACCCCGAUCUUGGUCAACAUGCAGCCUGGGAUGAGAAGAAGCGAAAUUAUGAGAACUUGAAUGACUUUUUUGGUGCUGCUAAGCGUCGUCAAAUUGAUGCCAAUUCUUAUCAACAAGUCAACCAAAGGUUGAUGGCAUUACAAGGCAUUCCAAUUAGUGGAGGUGGAGCUAUCCAUGACUACAUUCAUUCGGCACCUCAAUUAGUUCCAAUUGAUGGGCAUGGAGGUCACGGAGGUCAUGGUGGUCAUGGAGGUCCUAUUCCACAACACCAAUAUUCCCUACCUCUGCCAAACUUGAGGACCAAGAGUGAUUUGAAUUCCAUUGAUCAAUUCUUGGAGCAAAUGCAAUCAACAGUCUACGAAAGUUCAAAUGCAGCAGCAGCAGCAGGCAUUCAUCAACCUGGUGCUCAUUACACUCACCAGUCUAUCAACUUCCGUCAAAGUCACUCGCCACCUCAAACUCAAAUCCACAACAUUGGCUCAAUGGCACCACAUGUUUCGACUUCUUACGCCUCAGCACCAAUGACUGCUACCCACUCAUCUCAUUCAGUUUCAUCUGGUACACCAGCUUUAACACCUUCCUCGAGUGCCGUUUCAUAUACUUCUGGCAAUUCUCCAAUGUCCUCAAGUGGAUUAUCUCCCAUCUCUAGACACAGUUCUACAUCAACUGCAUCAUAUCCCAAUCUCCCUGCAGUAUCCCUCGGAUACUCUCCACAUCAUUCAGCAACUGCACCAACAUCUACACUUGGCACAAACUUUGAUAGUGAUCCUCGUCGUCGUUACUCUGGUGGUAUACUCCAAAGAAGUGCUGGUGGACUCAACUCUAGCCAAUAUCGCGAGUCUAUGGAGACCGCUACUAUUAGCUCUCCGUCACCAUCUCCCAAAGAAACAACUCCUCGCCCUGAGUCUAUUGUUCAAACGGAUGUCACAAAUAACAUUGAUCCAGCUCUUUCUGUAACUUCACCUACAGUCAGAUCAGUUGAUACUCUCGAAAGUGCUCGCGACAGAGCUGAAGAGGCAUGGAUUGAGAAUAUUCGUGUCAUUGAAGCUUUGCGAAGAUAUGUCAGUGACCGACUUCAAAAUGGAGAGUAUGUCAAGGAUGAAGAGGAUUCUUCUCCGGCCGAUGUUGAUAUGAAAGAUAUCCCAACAAAGACCGAGGAGAAGCCAGCUGAGAGCUUGUACCCCGUUCUGAAAACAGAUGAUGAUGAUGAGUAGUUGAUUUUCAAGUAUUACAAGGUUGUUUUGAUCAGGUGGAGUUUUCUGGGAAGGUUGCUUGCUAUAUCAAGGGUUGAAUGAUGCUUCGAUACAUUAUUUCAUAGGGACAAGGUGGCGCUGGCAUGGAUGGAGUAUGAUAGUCAUUCAGCACGUUGGUCGGUUACUUGCUUUGAUCAAAAUAUGGAGAAUGAUACGAUAGGGCAAUAGUUUAUUUAUUUUGAUAAAUGGAAUAACAUUUACAUUAACUAAAUGAAGUAUAGUGUACGGAUGAAUUAGUAUGUGACAAACCAGUUUUGGGGUUUACUCUAAAUCAUGUCUUUUAGUGUUUGAAGUGAUUCUACA